UGAAAAGUCUGAGAGCAAGGCAGCAGUAGAAUCCUGACCAGAAGAAAAUAAGAAGACCGUGAGCUCUCCUACCAUGAUGCCUGCAGCUAAAGGCAUGUACCAUAUGAUUCCCAAUCACGUUCUGAGAGUGGGUCAAACUGUCCGCCUGGACUCGGCGCAGGAGACAGUUAAUCAACAUCCCAGUCUCACAAAGCCCGGCAGUAACCAUGGUGACCCUGACCUCGACAUUUCCCUGGAUAAUCUCAACCAGCUCAUCCUGGAACUGGAUCCGACAUUUGAACCUAUCCAGGUCAACAAAAGUCCCUCGUGCAUUAGCCCUCCUACAGCUGACUCGUGCUCAGAUGAAGAUGUCUCCCACUGCAUGUUGGUCCCUAGGGGAUGUUCUUCCAGCUCAUCGCCCACCAUGGUCCCAUCUACGUCACCCUGUAUACCCAUCCCUGCACACAGCAGUCUCAAUGACAGGACCCAUUGCACGCAGGUAUUCUCCAGCUCCCCUACGUGCUCCCUGCCUCCGCUGCCAUGUGGAAGUGCACCCCGACGAAAUCCCUCACCAAAGCAUGACACAGCCUUUUCCCAAGGAUCCCUGCGCUUGUCGCACUCCAACAGAAACAGUGCCACCUCACUCCUCUCCAUGUCAACAUGCUCAGACACCAGCUACAUCCUCGGCAGCAACCUGUCCUUGACCAGUGAAGACACUUACUCUCCAGAGUCCAUCCUUACUAGCAUGUCCGGCUCCUUCAGCGAUGUGUCCAGAAUGAGGCCAUUUGAUGACAGGCGGAGCCCAGACAAGGCCUCGCAGACAAAGCGAGGACAUCUGCAGGAGCUUCACAGCAGAGGAGCACAGAGCAGUCCUGCUUCACUCUCUGGGUCUUUGACUGAUAUUCCUGUACUGCUAGUCAACGGUGCACCAGAACCGGAUCUGUACACCCAUUCUCCUGGCCCCGAAAUUGGCUUGCCACAGAUCAUCCCCGGGUCAAACUCGAAGCCAUCUACUCCUCACAGUUUCCAUGCCCAUUUUAAUGGCAGUCAGCCCUCAAUGAAAUUCGUCAUGGACACUUCAAAGUUUUGGUUCCGUCCACAUAUCAACAGAGCAGAAGCUGAAGCCCUGGUAAAAGACAAGGAAGCAGGAACAUUUGUGGUGAGAGACAGCACCUCCUACAGAGGCAGCUUUGGUCUGGCCAUGAAGGUGGACCAAACACCUUCGAACUUCACUGCUACUGCCUACCCAGGAGAGAGCAAUUCAGAUCUUGUCAGACACUUUCUUAUUGAAUCAUCAGCGAAGGGCGUACGCAUCAAAGGCUCCUCUCAGGAGCCAUACUUUGGAAGUCUCUCAGCCCUGGUCUACCAGCACACCAUCUCUGCUUACGCUUUACCAUGCAAACUAUUGCUCCACUCCCAAGAUCCGGGAACAUCAGAAGAGAGGGCAAGUGACAAACCAGCAUCAGAGGACAAGGCUCAAGCAGCUUGCAAUUUCAUUUACCUGAAUGCUGUCCCAACUGAGAUGCUGACGGGCCCUUGUGCAGUGCAAAAGGCAGUGUCCUCAACACUAGAGAAGGUCUCAGGUUCCUUCACCCCAACCGUAGUCAACCUGAAGGCAUCUUUGAAGGGUGUAACACUGACAGAUAUCAACAGGAAGCUUUUCUUCAGACGCCAUUACCCCACUCACCUGCUUAGCUACAGUGGUAAAGAUCCAGACAAUCGAUUGUGGGUGAAAGGUUCCACAUUUGGUGCAAGGAUGUUUGGCUUUGUGGCAAAAGGCGUAGAGGCUGGCAUGGAGAAUGUAUGCCACGUCUUUGCAGAAUAUGAUCCCAUGCAGCCUUGCAACAAAGCCAUUGAGGUUAUUGAGACUGCCAUAGCCAAGUUGUAGAUGCACAAGGAAUGAGACAACUUCAACAACAACAACACACUCUCCGCCCCUACUUACGCUGUCUAUACUGUACUUUUCUUAGGUAGCAUGUUCAUGUGGUGGCCAGUGUGAGUGUUACCCCUGCUGUUGUUAAACUGUACAAGUUAUCUGCCGCACAUGAUUACAGUACCUGCAAAAUCUAAAUUAGAAGUGCUUAGGACUACCCAGAUUUGUAAUGUGGUCAGAUGAUUCAAGUCAUAUUGAAAAGGCAGGCGUAACUGAGGCAUAUACUGUAUGUAGAUACACAGGAAAGCUGUCAAGCAAGAAGAGACGGGGGACCGACAACAUACACUAUGAUUGUAAUUGUAAUUAAUCUCUUGCUGAAUAUAUGAAGUUGCCCAGAAAAAUUAUUUCAGGAUAAAAUGUUGUUUUAUAAAAUGUUAAUAACCAACACCUUGUAUAUAGGUUAAGACAUGCUACAGCACUUUAUUUGUCUUAAUAAGGAAUGAUUCCCAUGUAAAUUGAGGUGUAAAUCUGCUCCAGCUGAUGCUAUAAAAUAUAGUGAUGAGAGAAUCUGAAGGUUUGAAGGCAAUUGAAAUACUGUUAGGUCCUUUCAUUUCAAAGUCGAAUACCCAAGUUGUAUAGUUCAGAAUAUUAUUUAUAUUGCACUGUAAACGAUUCGUGUAUUGAUG